AAUAGGGGAGGCUUAUUGUUUGUUGGCAUUGACAAAACGUCAGUCACGUACCAGAGUUUCCUCCUCCAGAAAAAUGAUGUACGAACGACAUCAUUUGCAGCAGCAGCAACAACAACAGAGAUGCCGAAAGAAUAAUCAUCAUCAUAAUAAUAUGACGAUGAAUAUGAAGAACUUCACAAGUAAUGAACUAGCCGAUCAUGAAGCUGACAAAUCCUUUGAAAUGGUGGAUUUAGACUUAAGUGGCUUAUCUCUCCAUUCUCUCCCUAAUCCAACUCUUAAUCUCGCCUCUAUUUCCCAUCUCGAUCUCUCUAACAACAAUCUCCAGGUAAUACCAGAGUCAUUGACAGCUAGACUACUAAACUUGGUGAGCUUUGAUGUUCAUUCAAAUCAACUUAAAUCUCUCCCAAAUUCCAUUGGUUGCCUUUCAAAGCUCAAAAUUCUCAAUGUCUCUGGCAAUCUCAUUGUCUCUCUUCCUUCCACCAUUGAAAAUUGCAGAUCUUUGGAAGAGUUGAAUGCCAAUUUCAACCAAUUAACAAAGCUUCCAGACACCAUAGGGUUUGAGUUGAUCAAUCUCAAGAAGUUGUCAGUCAACUCCAACAAGCUGGCCUUUCUCCCCCACUCGCUCUCCCAUUUGACCGCCCUACGUGUACUCGACACGCACCUCAAUUGCCUUCGGUCGCUCCCCGACGACCUCGAGAACCUCAUAAACCUCCAAGUCCUCAAUAUAAGUCAAAACUUCCAAUUCCUCCAAGCUCUUCCCUAUUCCAUUGGCCUCCUCAUCUCCCUCAUUGAGCUUGACGUCAGCUACAACAAGAUCACCUCUCUCCCAGACUCGAUUGGUUGCCUCAAGAAUCUCAAGAAGUUCAAUGUUGAAGGUAAUCCUCUUGUUUCGCCUCCACCGGAGGUGAUCGAGCAGGGAUUAGAUUCUGUGAGGAUGUACUUAAGUGAUAAGAUGAAUGGAGUCCAUAGAGGUUCCCAAAAGAAAAGAUCGUGGGUGGGAAAAUUGGUCAAGUAUGGAACUUUCAACAGCAGAGGCAACACGGUGAGUCGAGAGGAGAAGGAGGGGUUUAUCAUGCCAGAGUAUCGGUCGAUUGAUGGUCUAGCAUCACCGAGAUAUAUGGGGAUGUUCUCCCCACGUCGCUUGUUCUCACCUCGACACUCAUUCUCAAAGUGAGAAACGCAAAACAUUUCCAAAAGAAAUUUGAAAGAUUUAAGGGAAGUAAUAAGUUAAUAAGACAUUGUAUAGGUUAAGUUGUGAUACAGGGUGUUGUUAUAGUUAUGGGUACUAAAAAUAGGGUUUUGAAGUAGGGAUGUGUUUGUUUGGUUGCUUGUAAAUGCAAAGACAAUUGUUGUAUAUGAUCUAUAAAACUUCAAGUGAAAGUUAACCUGUUUUUGUUCCUUUUUGCCAACA